CGAUCAGACCGUCAAGAUCUACUGUCAAGCUCGAAAGUAAGCCCUGAUUCCCGCGUCCAAGAUCAAAAAAGAAGCCCGCAACCCUAAUGCCAUUACCACCACCUCGAAGUUCACAUCCUCGCCGCCCUUCUUCUCCCUCUCCGACGGCAUCCGACACGCCGAUGGCGAACGGAGACCAGUUUAUGGCGGAGGUGCCGGCUUCGGUCGACAAGGAUGUGGACUUCGCGAACUACUUCUGCACCUACGCGUUCCUGUACCACCAGAAAGAGAUGCUCUCCGACCGCGUUCGCAUGGAAGCCUACUACAACGCCGUGUUCAGGAACCUUACUCACUUCCGCGAUAAGGUUGUGUUGGAUGUUGGUACUGGCAGUGGAAUCCUUGCAAUAUGGUGUGCUCAAGCAGGAGCGAAGAAGGUGUAUGCUGUUGAAGCUACGAAGAUGUCGGAGCAUGCUCGUGAGCUUGUUAAAGCUAAUAGCGUCGGGGAUGUAGUUGAGGUGAUUGAGGGGUCGAUGGAGGAUGUUCUUUUGCCGGAGAAAGUUGAUGUUAUAAUAUCGGAAUGGAUGGGAUAUUUUCUUCUUCGAGAGUCAAUGUUUGACUCUGUUAUUUGUGCAAGAGAUCGAUGGCUUAAGCCAGACGGAGUAAUGUAUCCUAGCCAUGCUCGCAUGUGGAUUGGGCCUAUAAGAUCUGGCUUAUCUGAACAAAAAAUGAAUGACAUGGAAAAUGCAAUGAGCGACUGGUAUUGCUUUGUUGACGAGAUGGAAAGUCAAUAUGGUGUUAACAUGAAUGUUCUAUCAAAGCCUUACCGAGAUGAAAAUGAGAAAUACUAUCUAAAGACAUCAUUGUGGAACAACCUUCAUCCCAAUCAAGUCAUUGGGACCCCUGCUGUUAUCAAGGAGAUUGACUGUUUGACAGCUACUAUAGAUGAAAUUCGUGAGCUUCGUGUAAAGUUUUCAUUAAGAAUCAACCUAGACAGGACGAGACUCUCUGGAUUUGCUGGGUGGUUUGAUGUUCAUUUUCGGGGUAGCCAUCAGAACCCAGCAAAAAAUGAAGUUGAGUUAACUACUGCUCCUAGCGAAGACAAUCCGACACAUUGGGGCCAGCAGACAUUCCUAUUACAUCCUCCGCUAAGAGUCAAUGAAGGGGAUAAACUGGCGGUCUCUUUCUCAAUGGUUCGCUCCAAACACAACCACAGGCUGAUGGAUGUGGAAUUCACUUCUGAAUUGCAGCAGUCAUCUGGGAAGAUGCAUUCACCUGUCUUCUCCAAGUUCUAUAUUGAAUAA